UUAGUUCUUUCUUCUUCCUUCUUAUUAAACUCUUCUCUCUCUCUGUCUCUCUCUCUUUACUUCUCUCUCUACAGUGUUUUUUUCCUUUUUUAUUUUUUUCUCAAAUUCUCCGGCGACGUUUUUGGAGCUUCUGAGGCUUUGACUUUUCUCGCCGAUCACCGCCAUGGGCCAUUGCUGCAGCAAGAGCAUCGCCGUCGAUAACGAGGGCGCCGCCGCCAAUCACCACGUCAAACCGCCGCAUGUCUCGCCGGCGCCGGUAGCAGUAGGGAACAACUCCGUGUCUGGCGUCAGCGAUGCUUCGACGGCCACUCCGGGGAGGAGUACUCCGGCGAACUCUUUCUCGACAAGCCCCUUCACAAGCCCGCUUCCGCCAGGGGUGGCGGCGUCGCCGGCGGCGAAGACGCCAGGGCGAAAAUUCCGUUGGCCGCUGCCUCCCCCGUCACCGGCGAAGCCGAUCAUGGCGGCACUGCUGCGGAGGCAGGGGAAGACGAAGCCAAAAGACGGUCCCAUACCGGAGGAGCAAGGUGAAGGCGGUGGUGGCGGUGCCGGCGCAGAAGGUGGAGAGCGGUCCCUUGAUAAGAGCUUUGGUUAUUUUAAGAACUUUGGUGCGAAGUUCGAGCUAGGAAAGGAAGUGGGUCGAGGGCAUUUUGGUCAUACUUGCUGGGCUAAAGGGAAGAAGGGUGACCUUAAGGGUCAAUCAGUUGCCGUCAAAAUCAUAUCCAAAGCUAAGAUGACUUCAGCAAUAGCAAUUGAAGAUGUUAGGAGGGAGGUGAAAAUGUUGAAGGCCUUAUCUGGUCAUAAAAAUUUGGUCAAGUUUCAUGAUGCAUUUGAGGAUGUCAAUAAUGUCUACAUAGUAAUGGAGUUGUGUGAGGGUGGAGAACUACUUGACAGAAUUCUAGAUAGAGGUGGAAGAUACACAGAGGAUGAUGCGAAAGUUAUUCUUUUACAAAUUUUAGAUGUAGUUGCCUUUUGCCAUCUCCAAGGAGUUGUACAUCGUGAUCUAAAACCGGAGAAUUUCCUUUUUGUCUCAAAACAAGAGGAUGCUUUGAUGAAAGCCAUUGAUUUUGGUCUAUCUGAUUUUGUUAGACCAGAUCAACGCCUCAAUGAUAUUGUUGGGAGUGCCUACUAUGUCGCACCUGAAGUGCUGCAUAGAUCUUACAGUGUUGAGGCAGACCUAUGGAGUAUUGGAGUUAUAUCAUACAUAUUGUUAUGUGGAAGUAGACCAUUUUGGGCACGCACUGAAUCAGGAAUAUUCCGGUCUGUGUUAAGAGCAAAUCCUAACUUUGACGAUACACCUUGGCCAUCAAUAUCACCAGAAGCUAAAGACUUUGUUAAGAGACUAUUGAACAAGGACCACAGGAAAAGGAUGACUGCUGCCCAAGCUCUAACUCAUCCGUGGUUGAGGAAUGAAAACGUUCCCAUUCCUUUAGAUAUUUUGAUUUACAAGUUAGUCAAGUCAUAUGUGCGUGCCUCACCUUUGAAGCGUGCAGCAUUGAAGGCUCUCUCAAAAGCAUUGACAGAAGACGAACUUAUCUACCUUAGAGCGCAGUUUAGCCUUCUGGAACCAAAAGACGGCUAUGUUUCACUCGAUAAUUUUAGAGGGGCUCUUAUGAAAAAUUCAACUGAUGCCAUGAAGGAAUCAAGGGUCCCUGAGAUUUUACAUUUGAUGGAGGCACUCUCAUAUAAAAAAAUGAACUUCGAAGAGUUCUGCGCCGCUGCAAUCAGUGUAUACCAGCUGGAGGUUCAUCCGGAUUGGGACAACAUGGCUACCACAGCGUUUGAGCAUUUUGAAGAGGCGGGGAACCGAGUCAUUUCAGUAGAGGAGUUGGCACAGGAGAUGAGUUUGGGACCUUCAGCUUAUGCUCUAAUGGGUGAUUGGAUCCGAAAAUCCGAUGGAAAACUCAGCUUCGUCGGAUUCACAAAGUUUUUGCACGGCGUGACGCUUCGCAGUUCAAACACAAGACAUCACAGACCGGUAGUAUAGCCAAAGUGAAGUGUUAUUAUUGUAAUUCUUGUUGAAAUUAGUUCGUGUCUUCUUUUAUUAAUUUUUUUAUUUUGUUAAUUUGAAAAGAAAAUAGUACAGAGGGGUCUUCGUCUAACAUAUUGU